AUGUCUGCCGCGCAAGCUUCACCAAGGCCUAUCUGCUACGCAAGCACCUCAAGAAGCACACCAAGCCCUUCGUAUGCGCAGUCGAAGAUUGUGCGAAGGGCUUCCAAUUUCGCAAAGAUCUCACUCGUCAUACUGCUAGCAUCCAUCGAAGAUCUGCUUCAAGCUCUAUCCGCCACUUCUGUCCGCAUGCUGGGUGCAAGUAUCACGAAGACGCCGGAGACGGGUUUGCGAGGAAGGACAAUCUUGUGA